AUGUCGAAUAAGACACAAGCUGAGUUGACGAGCUCCAUCGAACAAAACGUUACCUUGGGUUUCUAUAUCGCCAUCAUUAUAAUUGGCUUAGUCGGUAAUAGUUUGGUGAUCGCUGUCAUUUCUGGCAAGAAGAGCAAAAGGUCCAUCUAUGAUCUGUUUAUUUUGAACCUUGGCAUGGCCGACUUGUCGUUUAUCUUCUUUUACAUGCCAGUCCUCAUUUACCAGGAGUAUAUCAACAGCAUCUACAAAACUGUGUAUUACUGUCGACUUGUUCAGCCUUUGUUGACAAUCUUUUAUUUUCUAAGCAUCUUCACCAUCUCUUCCAUGGCAAUCCAUCGCUGUAAGGUGAUUACAAAUCCGCACAAACCCAAAAUGAAGAAGCGAACUGGUUACCUGUGGAUCGCUGCUGUCUGGCUGUCUUCAUUCAUUAUUGUGCUACCACUGUCCAUUGUGAAAAACUCGGAAAACGAGAAAUGUGACGAGAAAUGGCCAUCACUGGAUCAUCGUAAAGCCUACACAUUGGCUCUUUUCAUUCUUCAGUUCGUUAUCCCGCUUCAGAUAAUCGCGGCAGCUUACCUUAAAAUCGGUAUCUACUUGUGGCGCUCAGCUGCUCCGCAAAGCUCCCUUUCCUCUGUUAAGAGCAAGCGGGUUCAGAGGAGAAAGAAGGAGAACAUACAAGUUAUCAAAACACUGGCAUUGAUCGUGAUUCUGUUCACCGUCUGUUUACUGCCGGGUCAAAUUGGUUAUCUGCUGUGGGAAUUUGGAGAUGAAGAAGACCAGUCGACAAACGGGAAAUGUGACGAGAAAUGGCCGACACUGAAUCAUCGCAAAGCCUACACAUUGGCUCUUUUCAUUCUUCAGUUCGUUAUCCCGCUUCAGAUAAUCGCGGCAGCUUACCUUAAAAUCGGUAUCUACUUGUGGCGCUCAGCUGCUCCGCAAAGCUCCCUUUCCUCUGUUAAGAGCAAGCGGGUUCAGAGGAGAAAGAAGGAGAACAUACAAGUUAUCAAAACACUGGCAUUGAUCGUGAUUCUGUUCACCGUCUGUUUACUGCCGGGUCAAAUUGGUUAUCUGCUGUGGGAAUUUGGAGAUGAAGAAGACCAGGCCACGAUAGACAUCAUUUCCAAAUUUGCAACUAUUCUCGACUGCCUUCACGCUUGUGUGAAUCCGAUUGUUUAUGGACUGUUGACUGAACGGUUUCGCAGAGAAUACAUCAGACAUCUGUCGUUUUGUCUUUCGUGUGGCACAAGAGAAAAGACUAAUGUACGUGAAAACGAGGAUUUGGAGUGCCCAGAUGAGAAUGUAUCACCUGAAACCAACAGAAAAAGAACAACCAAUUGCAAACAAGUUGCUGAAACGAUGCCAGGUCAGAACGAGCACGACACAAAACUCUAA